AUGCUUCGCAAGGCGUCGAACAGCCUUUGUCGGCUCGGGGCCGCGCGCGCGGCGGCCGCGAAUUGGGGGGGGCUCUCCUCUCACACCUUCCACUCGAGCGCGGAGCGCCAAGCCGACGCCCCCGCGCCUCAGAGGGACAACAAAGGCAACGUGCCCGUGCCGGAGUCGAUCGCGAGCCUUUCGCGCACCGCGCGGGCGAACGAUCUCACCGGGGUCAUCGACGCGAGCGCGCAGACGCUGUUCCUGACCGAGAUGUUCCGCGGCAUGUCGCUCGCGAUGAAGUACUUCUGGGAGCCGAAGGUGACGAUCAAUUACCCGUUCGAGAAGGGGCCGCUCUCGCCGCGGUUCCGCGGCGAGCACGCGCUGAGGCGGUACCCGACCGGGGAGGAGCGGUGCAUCGCGUGCAAGCUGUGCGAGGCGAUCUGCCCCGCGCAGGCGAUCACGAUCGAGGCGGAGGAGCGAGAGGACGGGAGCCGACGGACGACGCGGUACGACAUCGACAUGACGAAGUGCAUCUACUGCGGGUUUUGCCAGGAGGCGUGCCCGGUGGACGCGAUCGUGGAGGGGCCGAACUUUGAGUACGCGACGUACACGCACGAGGAGUUGAUGUACGAUAAGGAGAAGCUGUUGGAUAACGGCGACAAGUGGGAGAAGGAGAUCGCGAAGAACCUCGCGUCCGAGUCGCUCUACCGGUGAGGGACGACGACGAGCGCGAAGUCGUCGCUCUUUUCCCCGCGCCCGCCGCGCGGACGCGCGCCGUUGUAACACUGAUGUCGUAUUCAU